AUGUCUGAUCUGGGUUCAUUGCAUCAUUUCUUGGGCAUUCGGGUCACUCGUCAAGCAAAUGGCCUAUUUUUGGAUCAUACACAGUAUGCCAAAGACAUCAUUGCUCGGGCCAACAUGACGUCUUGUAAACCCUGUGCAACUCCAGUUGAUCUAUCUUCUAAAUUAAGUGCCACACAUGGCCCUCUGUUUCAUGACCCAACUCUUUACCGCAGCCUUGCUGGAGCUCUUCAGUACCUCACUUUCACCCGUCUGGACAUAUCUUAUGCGGUACAACAAGUUUGUUUAUUUAUGCACGAGCCUCACGAUCCUCAUUAUGCUUUCAUGAAGCGCAUACUUCGGUACAUUCAUGGGACGUUGGACUAUGGCAUCCGCAUGACAAGAUCCAAUACGCAUUCCUUGGUUGUCUACUCCGACGCUGACUGGGGCGGGUGCCCGGAUUCUCGUCAAUCUACAAGUGGUUAUUGUGUAUUUCUGGGGAAUAAUUUGCUUUCUUGGUCCUCUAAGCGCCAACCUACUCUUUCGCGUUCAAGUGCGGAGGCUGAAUACCGAGGUGUUGCGAAUGCCGUUGCUGAGGUCACUUGGUUACGCAAUUUACUGCUUGAGCUACACGUCCCCUCCUCCAAGCCACUUGAAUACCGUAGUGUUUUGUGA